AUGAGUGACAAAAGUCGACCAACAGUAACACACUACAACGAACGUACUCUGAGAGAAAAAAUACGGACCGUACUAAUACCACAGUUGAAGAGCAGCUGGACACCGACAACUGACAUACACACACUAGUGUGUACGACAGCCGAAACAGUCUGUACAAGUUGCCGGAUGAUGGCGCUCAAUGCACCAUCAUCGGGCAACUAAAGUUCAGGUCCACACUGGAAAUGGGUUUCACGUGUUGAGCCCUUUUUUGCACGUGAAAGUGAGGAUUCUCCACGUGUCAAAAACGGCUCCACACGUGGAGCCUAUUUCCAGUGUGGACCCUUAAAACACGUUGCCCGAUGAUGGCGCAUUGAGUGCCAUCAUCGGGAAUUUCCUAUACUCUCCACUUGCGACACUGGUGGAUGCAGAGACUCUUAUAGAAGAAGCAGAGCAAGGGAUACAGGAACUGACACAAAGCAAUCUAGCAAAUACGCAUAACCAAAUACUGAAAGUGCUAGCAACUCAAAUAGGAGAGCUACGAAGCUAUCCAACAGAAACAGGAUGGUACAGUAGGGAAUAUGUGGAUCUCUGUUGUUGCACGAUCUUUACAUAUCACGAGCUAAUCGGAGAGCUAGUAAACGAAAUAAGGCAUGACAAAAUAUAA